UAAAAUUUCCAACAUGAAGAUCAUGAAUAAAACAAGACCUCUUGUUUCGUAUUGCAGGACUGUGAUCGUGAAUAACAAGACUUUAACAGCAUGUGCUGGUGUUCGUUAUGAUAAUGUUGCGGUUAUGAUAGAAAGCAUUGUGAGUCAAGAACCUUUGGGAAGGAUUUACACUCUUCCUGGAUAUUCAGGAGACAGCCUGACAACUUACCCACAUGCAAAUAAGAGUAUUUUACUUCAACAGCCAAGUAAUGGGACAAAUGAUCAAUUUCUUGGUGAUUUAACACAAAACAUCAUCAACAGCUUCAUUCUCAUUGUUUGUCUUUCGGGUCUUGUGGGAAAUGGAGUGGUCAUCUGGCUUCUCGGCUUCCAAAUUAAGAGGAACCCUUUCACCACCUAUAUCCUCAACCUCUCCGUAGCUGACUUUGGGGUCCUCAUCAGUCUAAUCAGUGCAGCUGCAUGUGUGACUGUAAACUCCCCGAGAAUUAACAUUUUCUCUCGUCUUUUUUUUACCAUAUUUCUGGAACUUUUUUUCUGCACCUACUCUACUAGCCAGUUCCUAUUGGUAGCCAUUAGCCUUGACAGGUGUGUGGCUGCUCUUUUCCCCCUUUGGCAUCGAUGCCACCGGCCCCCACAUUUGUCCAUCAUUAUUUGUACCCUAGUAUGGAUCCUCUGCUUUCUGCUUGCUGGAAUUCACUUCACUCUCCUCAUGACAGGUAUCUCUGAAGGUUCCCCGCUCUUCUUUCAGCUCAUUGUGAAUGUUCUGCUUGGCGCUCCCCUCAUGCUCAUCUCCACUCUCAUCCUGUUCAUUCAGGCGUACUGCAAAGCAAAACAAUCUCAGCGAGGAAAGUUCGUCACAGCCAUCUUACUCGCUCUCCUUUUCUUUCUUAUCUUUGCUUUUCCUCUAAAUCUAUUGUACAUCAUUUAUUCAUAUUAUGUGUCCUUUCCCAACCUGAUAUUUGUUGGUUUCGUGUGUGCUUCUUUGAACAGUAGUAUCAACCCACUAAUUUAUUUCUUGGUGGGAAAAAGACAGAGGCAGAGUCACACGAAGGUGUCCAUCAAGGUGGCACUCCAAAGGGUUUUUGAGGAUGAGCAAGACAGCAAAGGAGUGGAGAACACGCCACGUGAAACCCUGGAGUGAUCAGAUCAAGUUUAAUAUGGUCAUAGA